UGAAAUAAAAUAUAUAUUUUUACUUUUUUUUUCAGAUUAUAUGCGUAUUCGUAUCGGCAGUCAUAAAUUUUAUAACCACCGCCUUUCGGAUGGUUAAAGUGUCAGUCCUCGGAUCAAUAGCAACGGAUAUGAACGAAAUCAUUAUUGUCAAUUUAAUAUUUACCUUACUGUACCAAAAUAUCGGAUUAGUUCUCAUAAUCGUGACGGGCCAAAGGGUAUGGAAUCAGAUAUUAUUGCUAAACGUGCUGUUGGCAAGAUUGUACAAUGGGAUUUUAAUUCAGCCUUGCCGAGAUACGUUACGAACGCUAAAAAACUUACAACGUAUGGUCGUCAAGAAUCCAGUGCAAAUCAAGAUGCUGUCAGUCCUGCCCGUCGGCUCGUAUAUGUUGCCAAUGUUCAUGACAUUGUCAGUUAGUUACAUAAUUGUAAUGCUUCAGUUUGGUCACGUAGUUUAAAUUAGGGAGAAUGCUGUAUUGCCUACAUUGAGUAGUUUGUUACACGUUGAUCGAGUGACUUUUUAAAACCAAACCAAUGAAUCACUCGUGCUAAGUCAUUCAAAGCUUUGGAUCCCGCAAACUUAUGUGUGUUUCUGCUUAAAAUAUUCGUGCGUUUUAAUAUGAAGAGCGGGAUAGGUAUAGCGGGAUAACACAAUAAAAUUAAUA